AUGAGCAUGAAUAAAUCUAAAACUAAAAGUGAACAUGGGUCAACUGAUGUUCUUGAUCACAAAUUCCACAUAUUUUUAAUCCACCAUAAUAUCUCAUCUUCAUUCAUUCAUUCUUUAGGAUUUGUACACACAAAAACUCCAGCAAGAAAUACUUGCUGUGGAAUAUUGACUAAUUUAAAAAUAAUAACUGGAGGCAAUUUAGUCUUAUCAACUAAACAA